AUCUCAUACUUUGUCCUAUUUUGACUUUUGUGGUUAAUUUUUUAAAAUUGUUUGUAAAUUACAGAAAAAUACAUUGAUUUGUGAUAUAAAUUGACUCUCUUGCUUUGUGGUCUGCUCUGCUCUUUGCUCUCUCUCGUGUGUAACGGCUCUUCCUCUUCCUCAGAGUAGUCGCCGGCUCUUUGGCUCCCACCGUUCGUCCUCCCUGCCGGUGGUUUAGACGGUCGUAGGACGGCGGCGGGCGACGGCAGACGACGGCUAGGAGCACAGGUGUAGUGGCGUGGGUUAACAAUGUAACUCUAAGGUUAUAUCUCGGGGUUGGGACGGGUGUAGGAGGUUCGCAGAGGGGUAAGGUAGUGUCCCAUGUGUUUCGGCUCAUGGAACAUAGGGACCCUCACAGGUAAGUCGAUUGAGUUGGUGCAAGUUCUCAAGAGGAGAAGGAUUCAGGUGGCGUGUGUGCAAGAAACCAGGUGGGUGAGCACUAAGGCGCGAGAGGUUGAUAGUUUCAAACUGUGGUAUUCAGGUUUAGCUAGGGGAAGGAAUGGAGUCGGUGUUCUGGUGGCGCUGGAGCUGCGAGAGUUUGUGGUGGAGGUGAAGAGGAUUAGUGAUCGUCUGAUGGCUAUCAAGUUGGUUUUGGGUGGGUGUGCGAUCAAUGUCGUGAGUGCUUAUGCCCCGCAUGUUGGCUUGGAAGACGAAGUUAAGAGGGAGUUUUGGGAUGCCUUGGAUGGGGUGGUUGUUGGUUUUCCAUUGACCGAGAAAGUCAUCAUUGGAGGCGACUUCAAUGGCCACAUUGGAGACUCGGCCGAGGGCUUCGAGGACGUGCACGGUGGUUUUGGCUUUGGCAGUAGGAACCCAACGGGAGUUUCACUCUUGGAGUUUGCCAGAGCGAGUGAUAUGGUGGUUGCUAACUCUUGUUUCCCUAAACGAGAUGAUCAUUUGGCUACAUUUGUUAGUGGAGUGGGGGCGACUCAGAUCGACUAUCUUCUCCUGCGCAGGUGUGAUCGGAUGCUUUGCAAGGAUGUUAAAGUAAUUCCGAGUGAGAACAUCACUAUCCAACACAAGCUACUUGUGAUGGAUGUCAUGAUCAGGUGGGUGAAACAUAGGAGAGCUACGGGUGGCAACACACAAAUCAGGUGGAGGAGACUAAGGGGGGAGAAAAUCUCUGUGUUGAUUAGGCGAGUGCAGGAGAAAGGAGGAAAGAGCGAGUACAAGAAGGCACGUAAAGAAGCUAAGUUAGAGGUUACGAGGGCAAAGAAUGCCGCCUUUGAACGCCUCUACAAGGAUAUAGAGGAGAAAUGCGAUGUUAAUCAACUGUUCCGGCUUGCUAAGAGGCUAGUUCUUGAUGAGCCAGGGCAGUCUGAGGCGUCUCAUGUGUAUUGCCGGCGCAUUUGCCUUGAAGAGGUGGCUCGGGCUCUCCGCAGGAUGCGUAGUGGGAGAGCGUUGGGACCAUAUGAGAUUCCGGUGGAGUUUUGGAAGCAUGCGGGUCGUGGUGGGUGGGUUUGGUUAACCAAACUCUUUAAUGUUAUCUUCCGGACAGCUAGGAUGCCUGAUGAGUGGAGGGAGAGUCUCUUGGUCCCUCUGUUUAAGGGUAAGGGUGACAUUCAGAGCUGCGAGAAUUACAGAGGCAUCAAACUGCUUAGCCACAUCAUAGAGGUUUGGGAGCGAGUCAUUGAGUAUAGGGUGCGGAAAGGGGUAUGCAUUUCUGAGAACCAGUUUGGUUUCAUGCCUCGCAGAUCGACUACAGAGGUCAUUCACCUCGUGCGGAGGUUAAUGGAAGAGUAUAGGGCUAGGAAGAAGGACCUUCAUAUGGUGUUUAUUGAUCUUGAUAAGGCGUACGAUAGGGUGCCAAGGGAGGUUUUAUGGAGGUUCCUUUGAGUCGAAAGGAGUUCGCAUCGCGUACACUCGUGCGAUCAAGGAUAUGUACGGUGGGGCUAGGACUAGGGUGAGGACCUCCGGGGGCGACUCUGAGUCAUUCUCGGUAGAGAUGGGGUUGCACCAGGGGUCUGCCCUUAGCCCUUUUUUGUUCACCUUGGUGAUGGAUGUCCUGACCCAAGGUGUUCAAGAAGGGGUCCAUGGUGCAUGCUUUUUGCGGAUGAUAUUGUGCUUAUCGACGACACGCGUGAGGGACUAAACGAUAAGUUGGAAU